AUGACAGCCGAGGAGACAUCGGCCGCAGGCCCCAGUGCCAAUCCACAAGGACGGCUUCCGUUCUCUACGCUAGACCUGUCUGCGCAAACGACGAGGGCUUUGGAGGAGAUGGGGUUCUCUACCAUGACGCCGAUCCAGGCGAAGACGAUACCGAUAUUGCUGGCUGGCAAGGAUGUGCUGGGCGCUGCACGAACGGGAUCUGGGAAAACACUGGCGUUCUUGAUACCCGCAGUGGAGAUGCUGCAUCGGCUGAAGUUCAAGCCAAUGAAUGGGACGGGUAUCAUUAUUGUAUCGCCUACACGCGAAUUGGCACUGCAGAUAUUUGGCGUAGCGAAGGACUUGAUGGCACAUCAUUCACAGACAUUUGGUAUUGUGAUUGGUGGGGCGAAUCGAAGUGCGGAAGCCGAUAAGCUAACGAAGGGUGUGAAUCUGCUGGUCGCGACGCCUGGGCGACUCUUGGAUCACAUAAUGAACACAAAAGGGUUUGUAUACCGCAAUAUGAAAGCACUUGUCAUCGACGAGGCCGACCGAAUAUUAGAGAUUGGAUUCGAAGAGGAAAUGAAGAAAAUUAUAUCAUACCUCCCGAAUGACAACCGUCAGUCUAUGCUCUUCUCCGCCACCCAAACCACAAAAGUGCAGGAUCUCGCACGUAUAUCACUACGUCCCGGCCCCGUACACGUCGACGUCGACAAGGAGGAAACAACAAGCACCGUCGCCACAUUAUCGCAGGGCUACGUCGUCUGCCCGUCCGAAAGACGGUUCCUCCUCCUAUACACCUUCCUAAAAAAGAACCUCAAGAAGAAAGUUAUUGUUUUCUUCUCGAGUUGUAAUUCGGUGAAAUAUCACUCUGAAUUAUUGAACUAUAUUGAUGUUCCUGUGUUGGAUCUGCAUGGUAAACAAAAGCAACAAAAGCGAACGAAUACAUUUUUCGAGUUCAUGAACGCCGAAUCUGGUAUUCUCCUGUGCACCGACGUCGCCGCCAGAGGACUCGACAUCCCGCGCGUCGACUGGAUCAUUCAAUUUGAUCCCCCAGACGAUCCCCGUGAUUAUAUCCAUCGUGUUGGGCGAACGGCUCGUGCUGGAAAAGUUGGGAAGAGUCUUAUGUUCUUGCUUCCGAGUGAGCUAGGAUUCCUGCGGUAUCUGAAAGAGGCAAAGGUACCUCUCAAUGAGUUCAGCUUCCCGGCAGAUCGGAUUGCAAAUGUACAAAGCCAGCUCGAGAAACUCUUACAAAAGAACUUCUUCCUGCACCAGUCCGCAAAGGAUGGCUUCAGAUCGUACCUGCAGGCCUACGCAUCGUAUUCAUUAAAGAAGAUAUUCGAUGUGAAUGCUCUUGAUCUGGCGAAGGUUGGCAAGGCGUUCGGUUUCUCGGUACCGCCGAGAGUGAACAUCAACAUGGCGCCUGGGAAGGGGACAUCGACGACGUCGAAAGGAGCUCGAAAGCGGCCCAGAGAUGAGGACGAGAAUGAGGACGAGGUGCUAGAGGAGAUGGAGGUCGGUGCCGGUGCUGAGAAGGACGCUGACGACGAUCUCGAAGAAACGUCACGGAAACUCAAGAGAAAUAACAAGGGGCGCAGGAUAGAAGCACUGGGGCAGAAAAAGGUUGACAAGGAGGUGUACCGCAAAGGAAAAGAACGUAAACAGAUGGCUAAAUCAGCGCAAUGGAGCAGGUAG